AUGGUGGGAAAAGGGGAAAUCAGUAGUGUUUUCGAGCAAAUAAACACUCGAAAAAAGAAUAUGCCUCAAGAACGCUUGAGAUCAGUUGUGUAUCGAUCAUUUGUCACCUGCGAAGAUCCAAGAGGUGUCGUCGAAGGGAAAACAAUCAGAAUCUCCAAAAUUGAUCCUACAAAAACGUUAAAGAAUUCGAAAGAAAAAGCAAAAGAAAAAGAAAAAAUGUCUUCUAGUAAAGCCCCAUCUUCCUACGAGCUUGUUGAGGUCAAAAAUGGAGCUCAAAAGCUAAACGAAGCUAUCGAUUCUUGGUCAAACGGAGGUCAUUUCAGAAGUCAACCGAAAGAUAUAGCUAAAGAUUUGCUAAAAGGCGCUCUUGAUCUUCAAGAAUCUCUCAUGAUGCUUGGAAAAUUGCAAGAAGCUUCAUGUAUGGCUAAGUUGAAGAAAAAACAAGAAAAGUCGAGUGAAGUUCUUGUUGGGAAAAUAAACUCAGAUCGAUUUGAAAGCUUUCAAAGUUAUGAUAUGGGUUUUGAAAAGCAAAGAAAAUCAGAAAAUGGGUCUUCAAAAGAUUGUUAUUCAGAGCUAAGAGAUGUGAUUAGAGAUGGGCUUUCAAAACAAAAUCUUUUGCCAAACAAGUCUUUUCAAGAAAGUGUUUUUGCAGGUAGCAGGGAGCUAGUCGCAGGUGAGAGGAAAUUGCAGUUGUCACCGGAUAUGGCUUCAACGAGUUCAAGUAGAUCUUCUUCAAUGGUGUAUUCGACUCAUGAGUUUACAUCUUCUGAGUCGUUAUCUUCAAGGGCUACUGAGGAUAAGUCAAAAGGGUCAAACUUGAUUGCAAAACUUAUGGGGUUAGAUGAGUUUCCUUCAAAACCAAUUCCUUCUACUCCUAUUAAUAAGUUGAAAAGUAGCAAAAUGAGGCCAUUUUUUGAUGUUGAUUUACCGAAUGGAAAGAAACCGAACUUUUUUGCUCAAAAGAUGGAUAGAGAACAUAUGACAUUAGAUGGAAUCAUCAAAAUGGUGCAAACGAAAGGGCUUUUGAGAAGCAACAAACGGGAAAUUAAACAAAAAAGAUUUGAAGAUGAUGAUGUGCCACCGAUUGUUUUAAUGAAGCCCCAAAAAGGUAAAGGAAAUGUGAAUGUGAAUACAAAUUCGAUUAGAAAGCUUCAUCAAGAAAAGGCGAAAGCCGAAGAGAAGGCAAUGAAGAGUAGAGAGAAAUCGGGGUGUAAUAAGCAGAAAGGUUGUGUUCAAGGUGUUAUGAAACAAGAAAGAAAGCAAGAAAUGGAGAAAAAGAUAGAUAAGAUUCAAAAGAUUCCACCACAAUUAAAGAAGAAACAAGUUGAGAAUGUGAAAUUAACAAAUUCGGUUUCGAAAAAUGAUUCUUUGAAGCCAAAGAAAAAAGCUCUCACGAAUCCCAUCACAAAACGAAUAUCAUCUUCAGGUUUAUCUUCCAACAAGUCUAGUAAUCAAAAGAAGAAUGUGAAGUUGGAAAAAGUGGUCAACAAAGUCAACGAGCCAUUGACUACCAUUAUUCAUGAAGUUUUACAGAUUGAUUCGCCUAAAGAGCAUGAAAUUCAAGAUUCUGAAGUUACAAGAAAUGAUAUGGAAGAAACGGGUGUUUCUGAUGUCAAUCAACCAAAAGACGAAAUCUUGAAAACUAUAAACAGUUUUCAAGAUUCCGAAAUCUUGAAAACUAUAAACAGUUUUCAAGAUUCCGAAAUCUUGAAAACUGAAAGCAAUAUUCAAGAUGUUGAAAUCUUGAAAACUGUAAGCAGUUUUCAAGAUUCCGAAAUCUUGAAAACUAUAGACAGUUUUCAAGAUUUUGAGCCCACAAAUUUUGGGCUUUUUCAAGACUGUGUAAACGAGUUUUUGGAGCAUGAAAGCCGAAGGAAAAAUCCAUGGCUUACAAUUUCCGUAUUAGCAUCAAGAAACUGUGGUUUAGAAGAAGACGAGUUAAUGAGGGAGAUUGUGAAAGGAGUUGAAAAUUUAAGAAAUUAUAGUAAGUUUUCUAAUGAGAAUUCGAAUGGAGAUAAGGUUUAUGAGUUUUUAGAAAGAGAUUUAUGUUUUAAUAAAAUGGGAGGAACAUGGAGUAGUGGUUGGAAAGAUGGUUGUACCCUAGAUGAAGUUGAGGAAGCUGUGUUGGAUUUGGAGAAGAUUGUUUUAAGUAAAUUAAUUGAUGAUAUGCUUAUGGAACUUGUAUUAGAAAUAGGUUUUAGAUCGUGA